GACCAAGACCAAAUUGAAUCUAAUCUUAAAAUUCUACUCAGCAACCAAAAACAUUUAAAAGAAGGUUUCAAGGCGCAAAUUUCUGUAAUCAAUUCGACAGCAAAUAUUAUCAACAAGAAUAUAUAUGAAGUAAAUGAGCAAUUUACAAAACUUCAAACUCAAAUUAAUAAGUAUCAUUCUGAGAUAAUAAAAGAUAUUAAUCGAGAUAAAAUGGCUAUACAAUUUCAAAUGCUGGUAACACAAAUUAGCAUUCUUAUGAGCGAAUCUGAAAAUACACAAAGAUCCAUAACUGAAUUACUAAUCGAUUUGAAUCAUGGAAGAAUUAAUCCAGCUCUUUUAACUCCCUUACAACUGAGUGAAGAAUUGAUGCGCAUUAAAGAAAAAUUACCAGCAAAACUUCAAAUUCCUGGACAUCAAAGCGACAGUCAAUUACGUGAUGUUUACAAUCUCAUGGAAGCAAGAGGUAUUAUUAUUGACCAAAAAUUAAUAAUUAAAGGAGAGAUACCAUUGAUGCAGAGUGAGUCAUCGGAAGUUUUCAAAUUGGUAGCCAUUCCUUCCGAAUAUAAAAGACGUGUUGUAAAAGCGAAAUUAAGAAAUGAAUUUUUAAUUUAUAACUUUGGGCUUAAUUCGUAUUUCUUUAUAUCCCAAGCUCAGCUCAAUAGGUGUACAAGAAGCCUAAACAAACACCUUAUCUGUAAAGGAAAAACACCAUGGCAGCCUGCAUUAGACCAAACUUGCGAGCUUUCAGCACUAUUCAACACUAGCCAUGCAGACUGUCAGUAUGAAGAGACAAAGAAGACACCGUUCUGGGCGGAGCUUAAUCCAGACAACACGUGGAUUUUCAAAGUAUUCAAACGAUCUACAUUGCAUGUCGACUGUCUAGGUGGUAAAAGAGAAAUAAUAGAAAUCCCAGCACAAGGUGUUCUUUCCAUUGAAGCAGGUUGCACAGCCCGAUACGAAGGUAUCACAUUGUCAAGUCAUCAAAUAUUUACAACGCAAAAUACAAUCAGCUUAAUACAAGAUCCAAUAAUAUCAGUAAUACAUGAUAUUACAGAAGACAAAAUUGUACCGCUUCAGAUUGACCGCAUCAACAACAACAAAGAUGUCGAACAAAUUAAGGAGCAGAUCAAUAGAAUAAGUAAUAAUGAUUUUAAUUUAAGGGAUUUAAAUCUAAAAAAUCAUAGCGGACACAUAUCUCUUAUAUUAGUUAUUAUAAUAAUUGUAAUUUUAUUUAUAUGUUAUGUACGCUACAAAUCCAAGCCAAAAGGCAAAAUUACGAUUAAUCUUUCUAAUCGCACAAACACAUAAUUUGUAAUUAAUUGUAUAAAUGUAAUCUAAAAAAAAAAAAUUUAAUUAUUAUAUUAUUGUAACCACAUUUUUUGGCCCUCGGCAGUAUGUUCAAAUUACUUGAACAAUAAUAAGUUAUACAGUCCACAUACAUAUAUUAGAUAAGACAGAGGCAAUACAAUACAUACAUAAAUAAACACCUAAAUAUACAUGCAUAUAUAUGCAACACAUAUACAUACAUACAUGAGGCACGUAUGCAUUUAAAUACAAUACGCAUGCACUCAAGAUAUGUAAUAUAAACAUAUUUACUUAGGUUUGGGCAAUUGAUUACAAAUGCACUUGUGCACUUGAAAACAGCCCAAACCAUACAACAUAAAUUAUAUGACAGCACACACACACACACAUGUAUUAAAUUGUAUACUGGAAACAACCCCAUGUGGUGUGCUGUAACAUACACACAUACGCAUAUAUUUAGUUAGAUAAGAUAGUUUUCAAAUUUGUAUAUA